AUGGGAGCAUCCUGCAAUGCUGGCUGCUGCCAGGAUGCAGACGGUAGGAUCGUGGCUGAGAGAGAUUCGGCUCUGAAGGAUGUGGGAAUGCCACUUUCGUUGGGAUUUCCCCACGAGAAGCCAGCUGGUGAAGAGCGGCCAACACAUGUCUACGAUCAUGGUGCCGCCUAUACUGGUAGCUGGUUGGGAGAGCAGCGAGAAGGCUAUGGCGUCCAGGUGUGGCCAGACGGAGCUCGUUACGAAGGGCAGUGGAAGGCCGACAAGGCACACGGCUGGGGCCGGUUCGUUCAUGCGGACGGCGACGUUUACGAAGGGGAGUGGUUUGGGGACACCGCCCACGGGCAGGGGACCUACAGCCAUGCAGAUGGGUCCAAGUACGAGGGGCAGUGGGAGUACGACCGCCAGCACGGGCAUGGUGUGGAGCACUGGGUAGAUGGUGCGCGCUACGAGGGCACGUAUCAGGCCGGGAAGAAGCAUGGCAAAGGGUAUUUCACCUGGGCUGAUGGCUCUUCCUACGAUGGUGAGUUUUUCAACAACGACAUCCACGGCUCUGGUAUUUACUCCUGGGGCGAUGGGCGGAAGUACGAGGGUCAAUGGGAAGGAAAUCGGAUGCAUGGCAACGGCAAGUUCAGCUGGCCGGAUGGACGGCACUACGAAGGAGAGUACAUUCAUGACAUCAAGCAUGGCUAUGGGAUCUUCAAAUGGCCUGAUGGCAGAGAGUACGACGGUCAGUGGCGGAAUGGGAAGCAACACGGCAUUGGGUGGUCCUCCGCGCCGAAGCAGGAGAAGCGCAAUGGCGAAUGGAUGGACGGAAAACGAAUAAGGUGGAUUGGUGAAGAGAA